GAGCAUAUUUUGAAGCAUACGGAGGGAAACUCUCUUUCAUUCUCGUCUAUGACUUGCUAGUAUCAUGGCUUCUCAUGUCAGGAUGUAUAUUUCUUUCCUCCUUGUCCUCUGCUUCAUGUGCUUAUGCAGUUCAUCAUUUUCUGGAAGUCUCACAAAAAGCAAAAAUGAUGUCCACCGCUGUUUUUGUGAGUUAAACGGUGUUGUGGAUGACUGCACAUGUAAGGUGGAAUCUGUGAGUGAGUUCAACAAUUUACGCCUAUUCCCACCUCUCAAUAGCCUGCUAACCAAGAAUUACUUCAAGUUUUUCAAGGUAAACCUUCAUCGGCCAUGUCCGUUUUGGUCUGAUGAUAGCCGAUGUGCCAUGAAGGGAUGUCAUGUCUGCCCAUGCUCUCCGGAUGAUUUACCUUGUGGAUUGAAAGAAGAGUCGUCAAAUGAAAACAAGUAUUCUGCCGACUCUAACAAGCCAUCAGAUGAAAGCAAUGAUGAAGAAGAGGAAUGUGAUGAGGAGAAUAGGGAUGAGGAGGAGGAUCCCUUAGGAGCACUGGAUACAACCAUUAGCAAGGAGAAUCUGUUAGCCUUUCAACAGUGGAAAACUCAUGAUGAUGCACAGCUCAACUUCUGUGAAAAAGAAGAUGAACAUUCUGGUGACAUGGAGUAUGUAGAUUUAUUACGGAACCCUGAGAGAUACACCGGUUACAAAGGAUCUUCACCUCACAGAAUAUGGGGUAGCAUCUACAACGAAAACUGCUUCAAGCCUGAUAAUCUUGAAUCUACUGCAACUACCUAUGAAAGUUUACUCAAUAAUAAAACAUUAAAAGAUAUGUGCCUCGAGAAGAGAGUUUUCUAUCGUCUGAUAUCUGGACUUCAUAGCAGUAUCAAUAUUCAUCUUUGUGCAAAGUAUUUGCUUUCUGAGGGCCUUUUUGAAAAGGAACAGUGGGGGCGUAACGUUGAGGAAUUCCAGCUUCGAUUUGAUCCAGAAACAACAGAAGGAGAAGGCCCGAUCAGACUUAAAAAUCUUUAUUUUACAUAUCUGGUAGUGCUUAGAGCCAUUGCAAAAGCUGCUCCAGUGUUAGAAAAGGAACUGUUUUAUACAGGAGAACCGGUCGAAGAUCAGGAGGUGCAGAGAGUCGUGAAAGAGAUUCUUAAAAUAGCCGAAUCAUUUCCUGAACAUUUUAAUGAGAGUGCAAUGUUUCAGGGAGACCAGCAACAAGCUCUACAACUCAAGGAAGAAUUCCGCACCCACUUCAGGAACAUCUCAAGGAUCAUGGACUGUGUUGGAUGUGACAAGUGUAAGCUAUGGGGUAAACUACAGAUUAAAGGUUUAGGUACAGCAUUAAAGAUUCUAUUCACAGAGCAGGGUGCUACUGGAAAAUCAAAGCUCACACUAGACAGAGAAGAAAUUGUCGCUUUAUUCAAUGGAUUUGGAAAGUUAUCGGGCAGUAUAAUAGAAGUUGAAGAAUUUCAGAAGCUCCUCUCGCAAGACAAAGCAGAUGCACCAAACAGGAAACCUGGCUUUUUAUGACAUCUACAUAACUAAAAAAGAUAUAUUUUAUGUGAUGUAUAUUAUUCUAUUUGCCAAGACACUUAUUUUUCUUGCAUCUUUCGGUCACAAGAUUAUCUGCAUUGUUUUGGAAAGACAAGAAAGAUGAAUUUUCAUAAUGUGAAAUAAAUUGUGCCUUUCCUGCGCAAUUUAAAACGUGCAAUGAAGGUCUAUAUGCCAUUUCAAAUCACCACCUAUGUAAAAAGGAAAAAUGAAUUGAAAACAAUGAUCAGGUACCUCUAUUGGGGUAAACAUUCAUUAAAUGUGGAAGUUGUGUACUUGGAAGCAUUCAAAUGGUCCUUUUGUAUAAAGCUUGUUUAUAUUGAAUGACAUUAUUUAUUAUAGCUGCUGUUAAGUAUAUGUGCAGCUAGUAUUGAACAAAUGAUGUUAUACUUUCUUGCUCUUAGAAAUAAAAAGUUAUGUUACAAAGUUCAUAUUUAUGCCCAAUCGGUCGGAAUCAUAGUACCAUAUGGUCAUUGUAUUGUUUUUAUAUAUAUAUUUGCCCUGCUUAACAAAACUUUUAUCUUGUUUUGUGAAUGUGAAGAAUAAUAUUUCUAAUGGUAGGAUCUUUUUUUCUAGUUUUUUAAUUUGGCAAAGAA